AGUGAAAACCGAAACGAAACGAAAGAAUAGCUGGCCCUUGAAAAAUUCGCAUUGCUUUCAAUUCAUUAAUAAUGCAUUGAUUAAUAUUAAAAAAAAAGGAAAGAUAAACAAAAUAAAAACAAGCCCAGUCAGAGAGCAAAUGAAGGCAGCAAAUUGUGUGUUGUUGUAGUGUUGAGAAGGCUUUUGAGUGUGCAGAAGUAACUGCUAUCAAAUUUUAAAAGUGAAUUCUAUGUGAUGCGAAUGCUAAAAGUGUUGUAAUCUAUAAUUUGCUACACACACACAGACCGAGAGAGAGAGACGACUCAAGACGCCCCCGCAUUGCCCUUGAAGCUUACUUACGUCUCUGUUGUAUGUACAUUCCAUUUAUAUACACUUCUAAGUGGUAAAAAACAAGAGAAACAGAGAGCGAGAGAGAGAGAGGAGACACGAUUCGAUUUUUCACAACAAGACGUGAAAAGAAAUUGAUGAUAUUCAUCUAAAAAAAAGCCAAACAAAAAAAAAAACUAAAUAACUAAAACAAAAUCGUAUAACUAAACCCUUGGAUAUCAUAAUGGAUGUGCUCAAUCAGAUACUAAGCAUUAACAAUGGUGGAGCCUAUGGCGGGGGCAAAGCUGGUGGAGCCUUUGAUCCCCUAACAUUUGCCAUGAAACCCCAAGUUGUCAUACGGGGACUCUGCUGGCUCUUUUCGAUUGUGGUCUUUGGUUGCAUAUCAUCGGAGGGUUGGGUGGAAAAGGAGGGCAAGGAAUAUUGCCUUUAUAAUGGUGAUGGCAUGGCCUGUAAAUAUGGCAAUACAAUCGGUGUAUUUGGAUUUUUAGCCUCCAUGGGUUUCAUUGGCGGUGAAUUUCUCUUCGAACGCAUGUCAUCGGUGAAGAGCAGGAAACGUUAUGUCAUGGCGGAUAUGGGUUUUUCAGCUUUGUGGGCCUUUAUGUACUUUGUAUCCUUCUUGUACUUGUGGUCACAAUGGAGCUCAGCGCCCAUGCCACCCUUGGGCAUUGGAGCCGGCAGCAUGAAGACGGCCAUUGUAUUCAGUUUCUUUUCUAUCUUUACUUGGGGCUUGUGUGCUCUUAUGGCAUACAAACGUUUCCUGAUCGGAGCUGGAGAUGAGUUCACCUCAGCCUUUGAGACAGAUCCAGCCAAUGUAGUGCACCAGCAGGCCUAUGGCUAUUCUAUGGACAAUGAUAAUGAGCAAUAUAGCGCUUCACCGUUUGGUCAACCCCAGCAGGGCAUGGAUCCUCAGUCUGGCAUGGAAUAUCAGCAACCCACCUAUUAAGGUAAAGGAUAACCCACACGCCCAAAAAUCCUCUCUUACACUCACACUAUUUUGUAGUGCAAAAGAAAUGGCAAUAUUGAAAAAGUUUUACACCAAAAAAUGAAAAUACUAACAAACGGAUUAUAGAAAACACUUUACACCGAUAUCGAACAUAUAAUGCCACGCAUUUGCUUUGAUCAGAAGAAAUAACAACAAAGAAAAAAACUAAAUCCCUAUACAGAAUAAAAAAUACAUAAUAAUAAUAAUAAUUUAUAAGCCUAGCCCCUUAAGUUAAAUGUGCAAGAGUUUUUUGUAGUGGAAAUUUGUUGCAAUAAUAUGUAUAUAUAUAUAUAUUAUAUUAUAUAUAUAUAUAUAUAUCUAUAAACUUAUAUACCUACCUGUGUAUUGUGUACUCGAUAUGCUUUUGAAUGUUGUUAGUUAUUUAGUAUUUAUAUAUUAUUCUAAAAAACAAGAACGAAAACAAAUUUCUUUUGUGCAAAACACAAACUGGCGGCCCUCUGGUCUCUAGAUAUCCGCAAUCUUAGCUCAUGACAAUAGCUUCUUCAGAUUCCUUCAAUUUGUUUUCGCUUCUUUUUAGAGAAAUUUACACAGACAAGAAAUUACUACAGUAAUCCCCCCACUAGUUGAACAAAACAGACUCCAAAACAUAUCCAUUUCAAAAACUCUUUUUCAAAAAUACACACACUAGAAACAGUUUGUUUGUUUCCCCUCUCCUUUUUGCUGAUAUCUGGUGAUCAGUUUUUGUGGGCUUAUAUGGAAAACAAUAAUAAA